AGCCUCCACUGCCUUUCAUUCAUUCUUCCCUAAAUUUGUCAAUAAUGGAACUCCAAAUCCCUGAUAAUUUCCUUCGAUAUUCAAAUCCUUCUUUCUCACCCUCUCUUUUUGGAUUCAAUUUCAGAUCUUCACCUUUUAAAAAUCCAAUUUUUUUCCAUUUUAAGAGUCGAAAAUGGUGUUGGACUUCGAAAAUUAUUUCUCCCUGUAGUUCAGUCUCUCCUUCUUACGCUUCGAACAGUAAGAGUUACGGUGGAUGGGAAGAUCUCAAACCCAUCGAAGACUCAACUCGUUCUGGUAAGUUGGGUCAAUUUCAAAGCUUUUUGAUUUCUGUAGGAAUCGAUGAUAGAAUGCAUCUGGUCAUGUUUCUCCUGGGGCUUGUUUCCGCUUUGGCCAUCUCUAGGGUUAAGGUUUCUUCUAUUCUAGUUUUUCCAGCUUCUGUUUUGGUUUUCGCUGCUGGGUUUUCUUUGGGGUAUGUUCGUGUGGGCGACAUCGGUACAUCGUUGAAGGACGUAAAUGGGAAGGGAAGUAAGAGAACCCCUAAGGAAGUGAAUUCUGGGAUCUCUAUUGAUAGAUUGAAGAAACUGAUGGUUUUUUUCAGGGAAUUGGAUGCUAAGUUAACCUAUUUGACAAACGAGAUGAACGUUGCCAUAGAUUCUAAUCACAUUAAGUUAGAUGAUUUAGAAAGUUAUCUAGAGGUCCUCAAAUCCAUCAGCUUAUCCGCCUUGCCAGCUAAAAGCGUUGUGGAAGCUUCUGUCGACAGUAUUGGUGUUUCGGGUAGCGGUGAUUGGAGUAGUAUAUUGGUGGAGGACCGAGAAUCUCAGAGAAAUUCCAAUCAGAAACCGAGUAGAAGAAAGAAGGAAUUGAGUCCAACCAGUUUUGAUAUCUUCCACUUUCUUGGGGGCUUCUUUCAAAAAAAUUCAAUUGGGAUGAAGCAGAAUAAAGUGAAAGAUCUUGCUAAGACAAAGCAUUCCGAGCCAAUGUAUUCAAAAGAGUUGAAUGAUCAACUUCGAAUUGAAGAGAAGGUCAUAAAUCCCAUCCUCAGCAAUAGCAGUGCAAAAAUGAAUGCUAAUUCUUCUCCAAAUUUGGAUCAAUAUGGCUCUGAAAAAUUAGGUGAUGUGGUCAGAAAAUUGGAACUAAGUCCAGGGAAGGCAAAGCCAAAUUCCAUAGAGACAGACAGGAAGUUCAAGGGAGUAUUCAACAGUGAAGAGUUAAGUUAUCCUAAUGGUAGUCUAAAGUUCAUGAACAAUCAUAGAAUACUGUUGAAAAUGGGGCAUCAAAUGGAACACAGAAGUUGGUUACCCCAUGAAAAUCCUCAUGAUUUAGAAGAUCUGAGAGUAAAUUCAAGAUAUAGGAAAAUUGGACCCAACUCAUCGAGUAUGGAAGCUGAUGAAUCCUUGCAGUAUGAGCAGACUCUGAAUAAAUCAAAUGGAGCUUAUGUACCUUAUCUCAACAGGGAUAAAAAUGAAAAUGGAACUUCUCAUUUUCGAGAGGAGAGAGCGAAGUUAGAUGAUGAACCCCCAUUAUCAUCUUCAGACAAUAUGGACGUGGCUUCUACGUCAUCAUCUUCCAUGAUUUCAGAUGAUGUGGCAUUUGAUCGGUAUCUUACAGAGGCUACUGACCUCCUUAAAAAAUCCAGGGAGCUUUUAAGAGUUAAAGGUGAUGAAGAAAGAGCAGAAGUCAUGUUGUACAAAUCUGCUAGGUUACUCUCCCGGGCCAUAGCCAUGAAACCCAUGAGUUUAUUGGCUGUGGGCCAGUUGGGAAACACUUAUCUUCUCCAUGGAGAACUCAAAUUAAAGAUUAGUCAUGAGUUGAGAACUCUUCUCUCAAGAAAAGAAUCCCUGUUUGUUGGGAGAAAGGGUAAAGUACAUCACAAGGGAUUGGAUGAUCAAGUUUUGAGGAAAGAUAAGAUUGCUUCUGUGCUUAUUGAUGUGUGUGAAGAGUGUGAAGAACUCCUCAUUGAAGCAGGAAGAAAGUACAGGUUGGCCUUAUCAAUUGAUGGUAAUGAUAUGAGAGCACUAUAUAAUUGGGGUCUUGCUCUCUCCUUCCGUGCUCAGCUGAUUGCAGAUAUUGGACCGGAAGCAGCUUUUGAUGCUGAUAAGGUGUAUUUGGCUGCAAUAGACAAAUUUGAUGCUAUGAUGUCUAAAAGUAAUGCUUAUGCUCCAGAUGCUUUAUUCAGAUGGGGUAUGGCAUUGCAUCAUCGAUCACGUCUGCGGCCAAGCAAUAAUAAAGAGAAAAAGAAGUUGCUGCAGCAAGCAAUAAGGCUCUUUGAAGAUGCACUCCAUAUGGACUCGGAAAAUAUUCUAGUAAGGGAGGCGUUAGCAUCAUGUAUAUCUGAACUCAACUUGAGGAAUUUCUAGUCCAAUAAAACCAUGAAUAGUAAUUCCAUUAUUCCAUUACUUCUUGUGAUUCCUUUAAUAGUGUAAUGGGUUCUCUGCUGUCCUUUAA